AUGGAACGAAUUUAUGUCAAUCCCCACAUAAAGAGAAUCACUCCUACAACCAAAAAGAUUAUGUCUGAUAUUAAUGCCCAUAGACAAACCAAAGGUUCUAUCUCCCAUAGGGAAUCCAUUGUAGAUGCAUUAAAAAAAUUGCCUGAAGAUGAAAGAAAUGAAUAUAAAAUGUUAAAAACUUUUAUGGUUAAACCAAAAAGACAAAUGUCAAAAGAUACCUUGGAAGUGCCGACUGGGAAUAGUUUGCUUGAUGGAAUUGCAGGAGAAAGGAGGAAAAGCUGGAAUGGUUAG